GAGAACCAGAGUAGAAGUUCCUCUUCCCCUGAUGAAGAUGACGGUACAGUCAAACAACCAGGUACGUGCAAGUUCAAUAGACUUCUGUUAUGAGUUGAAACACUCACCUUCACGUUGUUAAAAUUUUCCAGAGAGUAUUUCUACCGCUUCCUCUAAAAAAAAGACACAUUACUAUUUUCAUUGUCGUUAUCGUUAUCCUUGUCGUUAUUGUUGUCGUUAUCAUUAUCAUUAUCAUUAUUAAUGCGCACUUAACUCGUAAGGUGAUGUCAUAACAAAAUUUUCUCGGCUUAAUGGUUUUAAAACCAAAGCUAUUUACACAUGGUGCUCUGCUGAUACACUUUACACGUAGAGCUGAACUAAAACAUCAUUUGUUACAAAACUGGCGCAGGCUUGUUCUUUGUUGGAAUGUACAUUUAUGUAAACGAAGAUUCUCUAAUUGUUUUUGCAGCUUACCCAAGUCAAAGUCCUGUGUCCUGUGAUGGAGAAGUUAGAAGCAAUCUACCAGCAGGUACACUGUACUUGAAAAAAACUUGUGAGAAAGUAGAUGCGGGAGGGUCAUAUCUUUUUUGGCCCCUGAAAAAGUUGGGUCAUGAAAACCUAGGCAGUGAAGAAAAGGGAGGCUCACAAGUUUAUGCACACAUAGUCAUAACAGGCAUUUUUUUAAUGUUACAAUAUGGCACAAAUGGCGAAACAAUAUAGAAAAGACACUAUAAAUUCAUCAUGCUGCACUUGUAAAAUGGUUACAUUUCUUGUUCUUUUUACAGGUUGCACAUGCGUUAAUUUGCUUGUAAAUAACUUGCUUCAGUAUCUAGUCCUUGAUAUCUUGUAUUGCUUAUAAGCUUUCUGCUGUUUGCAUAAUUAUUCAGUUUCACUAAAAUUAUAAUAGCAAUGAGCAUUCAUGGGCCUGAUAAAAUUUCCAUUUGAUAGAUCACCAUAGGGGAACUCCAGAAACAAAAAGUCAAAAUAAAAAUAAUAGUAAUUUAAAUAGUUGAAGAGUAAAUGUAUACACUGGAUUGUCUGUUUUUUUUUUUGUAGACUUGAGCAAUCAGAAGUAUGACAGUGAUGAGGUAAAUAUUAUGGAGGCAUUUUAUUGUAAUCAAAGAAAAUGCCUUACAUAUGUUACUGUGGGAGUUUUUUUACCCUUUUUUCUAAGGAAUAUUAUUCUAUUAUUUAUAUACCAUGGAAGUAAAAGAAGAAGGACAAAUGAAGUGUACAUACACUCUCUCUUACUCUCGCGAAUCUUGUGGCUUUGUUUCUCUCUUGGUAAUUCCUAGUCACAGGAGUUUUCACAUAUCUAAAAGAAAUAGGGAAAGGGGAAAAAAGUCAGAUGUUAUUGUUGCCUAAGCCCAACUCUUAAGAAAAUGCUGACUGAAGCAAAGAGUAUCCAUUGUCUUUUUCAGAAUCUCAGUGGUAGUCCACACUGUUCCCUUCAGUAAUUUGCUUAUUUGCUUGUUCUUGUGAUUUUUACUUUGGCGUAAGAUAAUACGAUAACUCGACAGCAGGAUUGGAAAAUUGUGCAUUUCUUUAGUUUUGGCCUGCCAAAAGGGGCCUCUUGUAUAAAUCGGGUGGUCCUUUCCUGGGAUAUUUUCUCUUUUCCAAAUGACAACUGUCUGAGGAUAUGACAUCUUGACACGUUGUCAGAAGUGUCGAAGUUCAGUUUAUAAUGGUAUCCAUAAUGUAAUUGACCUGAUUUAGUGCUGUAGAAUUUAGGGAUUGAAUAAACCUUGUAUGGUUACUGGUAAAUAUUUUACGAGGAAGUUAUUUAAUGAAUAAUUAAUAUAAACAAUGAAGUUGAAACGAUAAACAAAUCGAACUAAUGUCAAAGGUUUGCACACUGUUCUUAAUCAAAAAGCAAAAAGUAUGGGGAAUGUCCCCACAAUCUAAACAGUCCCCACAGUGCUUGUGUGUGUUCAUAUUCUUGUCCCUGUAAGUAUUCAAUCACAAUAGAUGUUAAAUUUACUAUCUUUUUUUUAACGUGUCAUUGUUGAAUUUAGUUGGUAUUCGAACUACAGUAUAUAAAAAUCAAAUUUUAGGGUGCGUUUCUUUAAGAAAAUCCAAGAUUGGAUUCUUAAAUCCGAAAGAAUCCAAAAACGGAUUUUGCGUUUCUUUACUAAACAGAUCAAUCCAAGAUCUCUCGGAUCCUGGUGCGUCAAAGAAACCGAAUAAUCCACUCUGGGCAAGGAUUAUUCCGUCCCUUUGAUACACCAUGAUCCGAGAGAUCUUGGAUUGAUCUGUUUAGGCGAGAAAUGCAAAAUCCGUUUUCGGUUUUUUUUGGGAUUCAAGAAUCCAAUCUUGGAUUUCCUAAAAGAAACACACCCUUAGUGGCGUUAGUCUGAUCAUGUGAAAAACAACUCCUUGUAUAGGCUACUAUGCCUGGUUAAAUGCUAAUACAGUGACUCGUUUGUAGGGAGUUGCUGAUAGUGCAGCUGAAACAGACAGUGAAGAGUUCAGUUAUCCUGCAAGACUUGAUUAUCCUGGAUUGCUGAACAGGGUAUCUCCCCAGACUUCAUUAGGUAUGGACUAGAAAAAUUUCACAAGUGAUGAAUUAAGUUUGCUGAUUUGAACUUGUACUCAUUACAUUGUAUAUCAGUUCGGAGGACUGAUUGAUCAGGUAAUACAUAUGAGAAAGUGAACGUAGAAUUCGUUUGGUUUUGAUUUAGCGCUACAUUUGAAAGAGGACGAGGAAGGUGAAGAUGAAGAUGGUGGAAUUCAGAAAACCUUUGGUAAGCUAAUAAUGACAUUUGUUGUUUUCAGUCGAGGUAGACUGUUCAAAGUCCUCUAUUUCCUUACAUGUCAAUCAAUCAGUCAACAACUUUAUUAACAUGUCUAAGGUAAAAUAGGCGUGGGUGAAUCCCUCAACUAAUCGGGGACACCUAAAAGGUUAGAUUAAGAAACUAUUUACAGCAUUAAUUUUAAACUUUAAAAUAAAAUAAGUGGUCUAACUAACGUAAUUAUCACUAGCUAUUCGUGGAAGUCUUAACAUUCAUAACACUUUCAAAAUAAUAGAAUUCGGUUAUUACAUACGGAGCAACAGUUUGGCAGCCGUCAGCCAGUAGCGACUGUUAAUGUUUAUGGCUGCGCAAACUGGGUGCGUAUGUCAAUGCGGAGCGCAACUGGGGUAGGUGCGGGUAGAUAACGCUUUGAGUUCGCACUUGUUUCGAUCACUGUUUCUCGUGCUUCUUCCAGUUUGUGUUGAGAAAAUAGAAAGGCUGUGAACAAUCUAUUUUUAAAAGUGAAAAAGGUAGAUGUGUAACUAUAUCAUUUUAGCAAACGCCUGUAGCACUCUACCCAUUUGCAUAGUCAAGAUUCAUUAAAAAUUUCUUCGUCUAGCAGUUGUAACAAAAGAUUCACACUUCUCCCGGCUUACAAUUUUACCCAUGCCAGAAGAAUCGUAACUAUUAGAAACUUACCAUUUGACUUAUAAAGAAACAUCAUUUUAAUACAUAGUACAUUUUGUUGUGUGUAUUCGCAGCUAACAAGAGACAACGUGUCAAAAGAAAAAUGUUGUCUUCCAGUUCCUCUUCCUCUGACGAAGACAAAAGUACAACGAAACUAUUAGGUACACUUAAUAAUUUAAAAAAAUUCUGUGUUAAGUAAGAUGUUGAACAUCUCAACUAACAGGUGUAUUACGAGAAAGAAUUAAUGCAAGCUUAUCCCUUUUGGUCAGGUCUAUGAAAGUAAUGCUGUAAUAAAAGUCUAUUUGCAAGUAUCAGUCACGACUGUUUAUAAUUUCAACAGUAACAAACAUCAGUUUUUAUGGGCUUACCUUUAUGUAGAGAACCAGAGUAGAAGUUCCUCUUCCCCUGAUGAAGAUGACGGUACAGUCAAGCAACCAGGUACGUGCAAGUUCAAUAGCCUUGUGAUAUGAGUUGAAACACUCACCUUCACGUUGUUAAAAUUUUCCAGACAGUAUUUCUACCGCUUCCUCUAAAAAAAAGACACAUUACUAUUUUCAUUGUCGUUAUCGUUAUCGUUAUCCUUGUCGUUAUUGUUGUCGUUAUCAUUAUCAUUAUCAUUAUUAAUGCGCACUUAACUCGUAAGGUGAUGUCAUAACAAAAUUUUCUCGGCUUAAUGGUUUUAAAACCAAAGCUAUUUACACAUGGUACUCUGCUGAUACACUUUACACGUAGAGCUGAACUAUAACAUCAUUUGUUACAAAACUGGUGCAGGCUUGUUCUUUGUUGGAAUGUACAUUUAUGUAAACGAAGAUUUUCUAAUUGUUUUUGCAGCUUACCCAAGUCAAAGUCCUGUGUCCUGUGAUGGAGAAGUUAGAAGCAAUCUACCAGCAGGUACACUGUACUUGAAAAAAACUUGUGAGAAAGUAGAUGCGGGAGGGUCAUAUCUUUUUUUGGCCCCUGAAAAAGUUGGGUCAUGAAAAACUAGGCAGUGAAGAAAAGGGAGGCUCACAAGUUUAUGCACACAUAGUCAUAACAGGCAUUUUUUUAAUGUUACAAUAUGGCACAAAUGGCGAAACAAUAUAGAAAAGACACUAUAAAUUCAUCAUGCUGCACUUGUAAAAUGGUUACAUUUCUUGUUCUUUUUACAGGUUGCACAUGCGUUAAUUUGCUUGUAAAUAACUUGCUUCAGUAUCUAGUCCUUGAUAUCUUGUAUUGCUUAUAGGCUUUCUGCUGUUUGCAUAAUUAUUCAGUUUCACUAAAAUUAUAAUAGCAAUGAGCAUUCAUGGGCCUGAUAAAAUUUCCAUUUGAUAGAUCACCAUAGGGGAACUCCAGAAACAAAAAGUCAAAAUAAAAAUAAUAGUAAUUUAAAUAGUUGAAGAGUAAAUGUAUACACUGGAUUGUCUGUUUUUUUUUUUGUAGACUUGAGCAAUCAGAAGUAUGACAGUGAUGAGGUAAAUAUUAUGGAGGCAUUUUAUUGUAAUCAAAGAAAAUGCCUUACAUAUGUUACUGUGGGAGUUUUUUUACCCUUUUUUCUAAGGAAUAUUAUUCUAUUAUUUAUAUACCAUGGAAGUAAAAGAAGAAGGACAAAUGAAGUGUACAUACACUCUCUCUUACUCUCGCGAAUCUUGUGGCUUUGUUUCUCUCUUGGUAAUUCCUAGUCACAGGAGUUUUCACAUAUCUAAAAGAAAUAGGGAAAGGGGAAAAAAGUCAGAUGUUAUUGUUGCCUAAGCCCAACUCUUAAGAAAAUGCUGACUGAAGCAAAGAGUAUCCAUUGUCUUUUUCAGAAUCUCAGUGGUAGUCCACACUGUUCCCUUCAGUAAUUUGCUUAUUUGCUUGUUCUUGUGAUUUUUACUUUGGCGUAAGAUAAUACGAUAACUCGACAGCAGGAUUGGAAAAUUGUGCAUUUCUUUAGUUUUGGCCUGCCAAAAGGGGCCUCUUGUAUAAAUCGGGUGGUCCUUUCCUGGGAUAUUUUCUCUUUUCCAAAUGACAACUGUCUGAGGAUAUGACAUCUUGACACGUUGUCAGAAGUGUCGAAGUUCAGUUUAUAAUGGUAUCCAUAAUGUAAUUGACCUGAUUUAGUGCUGUAGAAUUUAGGGAUUGAAUAAACCUUGUAUGGUUACUGGUAAAUAUUUUACGAGGAAGUUAUUUAAUGAAUAAUUAAUAUAAACAAUGAAGUUGAAACGAUAAACAAAUCGAACUAAUGUCAAAGGUUUGCACACUGUUCUUAAUCAAAAAGCAAAAAGUAUGGGGAAUGUCCCCACAAUCUAAACAGUCCCCACAGUGCUUGUGUGUGUUCAUAUUCUUGUCUCUGUAAGUAUUCAAUCACAAUAGAUGUUAAAUUUACUAUCUUUUAACGUGUCAUUGUUGAAUUUAGUUGGUAUUCGAACUACAGUAUAUAAAAAUCAAAUUUUAGGGUGCGUUUCUUUAAGAAAAUCCAAGAUUGGAUUCUUAAAUCCGAAAGAAUCCAAAAACGGAUUUUGCGUUUCUUUACUAAACAGAUCAAUCCAAGAUCUCUCGGAUCCUGGUGCGUCAAAGAAACCGAAUAAUCCACUCUGGGCAAGGAUUAUUCCGUCCCUUUGAUACACCAUGAUCCGAGAGAUCUUGGAUUGAUCUGUUUAGGCGAGAAAUGCAAAAUCCGUUUUCGGUUUUUUUUGGGAUUCAAGAAUCCAAUCUUGGAUUUCCUAAAAGAAACACACCCUUAGUGGCGUUAGUCUGAUCAUGUGAAAAACAACUCCUUGUAUAGGCUACUAUGCCUGGUUAAAUGCUAAUACAGUGACUCGUUUGUAGGGAGUUGCUGAUAGUGCAGCUGAAACAGACAGUGAAGAGUUCAGUUAUCCUGCAAGACUUGAUUAUCCUGGAUUGCUGAACAGGGUAUCUCCCCAGACUUCAUUAGGUAUGGACUAGAAAAAUUUCACAAGUGAUGAAUUAAGUUUGCUGAUUUGAACUUGUACUCAUUACAUUGUAUAUCAGUUCGGAGGACUGAUUGAUCAGGUAAUACAUAUGAGAAAGUGAACGUAGAAUUCGUUUGGUUUUGAUUUAGCGCUACAUUUGAAAGAGGACGAGGAAGGUGAAGAUGAAGAUGGUGGAAUUCAGAAAACCUUUGGUAAGCUAAUAAUGACAUUUGUUGUUUUCAGUCGAGGUAGACUGUUCAAAGUCCUCUAUUUCCUUACAUGUCAAUCAAUCAGUCAACAACUUUAUUAACAUGUCUAAGGUAAAAUAGGCGUGGGUGAAUCCCUCAACUAAUCGGGGACACCUAAAAGGUUAGAUUAAGAAACUAUUUACAGCAUUAAUUUUAAACUUUAAAAUAAAAUAAGUGGUCUAACUAACGUAAUUAUCACUAGCUAUUCGUGGAAGUCUUAACAUUCAUAACACUUUCAAAAUAAUAGAAUUCGGUUAUUACAUACGGAGCAACAGUUUGGCAGCCGUCAGCCAGUAGCGACUGUUAAUGUUUAUGGCUGCGCAAACUGGGUGCGUAUGUCAAUGCGGAGCGCAACUGGGGUAGGUGCGGGUAGAUAACGCUUUGAGUUCGCACUUGUUUCGAUCACUGUUUCUCGUGCUUCUUCCAGUUUGUGUUGAGAAAAUAGAAAGGCUGUGAACAAUCUAUUUUUAAAAGUGAAAAAGGUAGAUGUGUAACUAUAUCAUUUUAGCAAACGCCUGUAGCACUCUACCCAUUUGCAUAGUCAAGAUUCAUUAAACAUUUCUUCGUCUAGCAGUUGUAACAAAAGAUUCACACUUCUCCCGGCUUACAAUUUUACCCAUGCUAGAAGAAUCGUAACUAUUAGAAACUUACCAUUUGACUUGUAAAGAAACAUCAUUUUAAUACAUAGUACAUUUUGUUGUGUGUAUUCGCAGCUAACAAGAGACAACGUGUCAAAAGAAAAAUGUUGUCUUCCAGUUCCUCUUCCUCUGACGAAGACAAAAGUACAACGAAACUAUUAGGUACACUUAAUAAUUUUAAAAAAUCCUGUGUUAAGUAAGAUGUUGAACAUCUCAACUAACAGGUGUAUUACGAGAAAGAAUUAAUGCAAGCUUAUCCCUUUUGGUCAGGUCUAUGAAAGUAAUGCUGUAAUAAAAGUCUAUUUGCAAGUAUCAGUCACGACUGUUUAUAAAUUCAACAGUAACAAACAUCAGUUUUUAUGGGCUUACCUUUAUGUAGAGAACCAGAGUAGAAGUUCCUCUUCCCCUAAUGAAGAUGACAGUACAGUCAAGCAACCAGGUACGUGCAAGUUCAAUAGACUUCUGUUAUGAGUUGAAACACUCACCUUCACUUUGUUAAAUUUUUCAUUAUCGUUAUCGUUAUCGUUAUCGUUGUUGUUAGCAUUAUCAUUAUCAUUAUUAAUGUUAUGUCUGACUAUUAUUACUGACUCGUCUUUUUAUAGUCCUGGCCCGGGUUGCUCGGAGCAUGGUUAGCGCUAACCAGCGUUAAAUACCAUUGAAACCUAUACGUUUUGAUACCUCUUAACCAACGGUUAGCGCUAACCAGUCUUUGAGCAACCGGCCCCUGGUUAAUAGCGUGGUUGGAAUAUAUAAUUUUUCUGUGCAAGAUGAUUCUUCCAUGGUGUCAUGUUACCUCUUCGUGCUUUUUAAGUUGGUUCUCACUAGUGAAAAAUUAUUGAGAGGGCCGCUGAUCAACAUAAUAUUUCACAGAAAGGUGGAGUCAUAAACGCUUAAACCCUGCGUAAUUUAGGCUGGCAAAAUACCUCUCUCCUUUCUUUAUACUGUUUAGAUAUUUAGGUCAUUUUAUUUUACUUUAAAAGGUGAGCGGUUUCUGCGAAAAGAGGUUCCGCUGGACGCUGAAGAGAAUAGCUGCGUAGCAUUACCUGAAAAAGACGUUUCUUCGUGCGAUGAGGAUAACUCGACGAGAAGCAACAGCACUACGAUCAUGACAGCACCGCCAUUUGCAGGGGGUAAGGAAGUAGUCCAUGGAAUUUUAAUUUACUGAGUACACAAACGAAACCAACAUAGGAUUCUGUGGGAACUUAACUGCUUAUCGGAAUUGGCACCGGUUUCUUUAUGGACACCUUUAUCCGUUCAACCCUUCCUCCGGGAACCACUGGACAACACCCGCAAGUGUUGCCACAGGCUGCUGCUCCAUUUUGCUUCCAAAGUUGUGACUUUCAUAUCAUGGUACAUAAGAAAAAUGAAAAAAGUCAUUCAUCUAUGCCAUUUGACAAAUUGACGUCAUCAGUUUUUUAUGCGUCUAACCUCUUAUUGAUGAUUAAUUGCGUCAUAACAUUGUCAUAGUGGCUGUGGAACCAGGAGCCGCAGGUGAGUGGUUCCGCACUAAACUUGGACAAUGUUAUGACGUAAUUUAUCUUCAAUAAGAUUACAGACGCAUAAAAAACCGACGUCAAUUUGUUUUUUACAAUAACAAGACCGCAAAGUGGUCAAAUGCCGGGAAUAAAUGAGGGGAAAAGACGUCGUAAAAUUGCCGGAGCUAAGUGAAUUUAAUUCAGAAUGACGCGAACAUUAUCAAUAGCGUUUUCUCGCUUUUUGAUUGGCUUCUUAAGAAAGUCAAUGAAAUCCCAUUGGUUAACGUUGAACUGUUGAAAGCUUGCAUAAAAUAAAAUUUUAUCCGUCUGUACUCUUAUUGAUGAUAAACAUGAGCUAAUCAGCGCCCAAUAAAUUUGACAGUUAUUGUAAAAAUAAGGAUUAUAUACUCGAAACACAAUACUACAGUGAAAACUGUAUUAGGCGGCCACCUUCGAGAGUUCGUAUUUUAGCAGAGCAUCAUGCAUAUAAAAAACUGGUAACCUAUGGAUGCCAAAAGCUUUGCCUAUGACGUUACCGUACUUACUCACAUAACUCAUAUCAUUAUCAUUUCAGUGUCUUUACGAUGUGCGCAGACAAGUAAGGACAAAAAAAGGGUUUAUGACAAGAGGCAGGCUUGUUACUAUUGUGGCACGUUGCAAUUCAAAAUCGCAAGGCAUUAUGAGCUGAAGCACCAGUCUGAAAGAGAAGUGGCCAUUGCCCUCUCCUUCAACAAAGGGUCUACAGAAAGAAAGAGACAUCUUGAGAAACUGCGGUUGUUAGGUAACUACCACCACAAUUUGACCGUAUUAGAAACUGGCAAAGGAGAGCUCAUAGUCAUGAGACGCCCAUCCUCUUCUAGUGAGAAGUCCAGUCCUGAAGAUUUUCUUCCCUGUCCGUCUUGCUGCGGCUUCUUAAAACGCCACGAUUUGUGGAAGCAUGCUAAAUUCUGUAAGUUUAGGCCAGAGAGUAUGAAAGAUGCCCCGAAAUAUCAGAACGUACAACAAAACGCAAAAUUGAUGCUGUUUCCAGCUAUUUGCAAUGACAGUAGCGGUAUACUGAGUAAAUUACUUGCAACUAUGAAAAGUGACGAAAUUUCAGCAAUUGCCAGAAAUGACGAGCUCAUUAGAGAUGUUGGAGUGAUGCUUCUCGAGAAGCAUGGAGAAAAGCAAAACAACCUGGUUUCACAAAAAAUGAGGGAACUCGCUCGGCUCGUGAUGCAGCUUCGUGAAACCGAGUUCCGACCUGAUGCUGGGCUCUGUGACUUCAUUAAGCCUGACAAGUUUGAUGUCGUUAUUAGUGCAGUAAAGAACAUUUCCAAGUUUCAUUUUCAAGAAGGUGUUCAGAAUGUCGCUACUCCCUCUCUGUCUUUAAAGCUGGGUCAUUCCCUUAAAAAAUGUGUUCACAUUCUUCGGGGCCAUGCGUUGCGCAGGAAAGAUAAGGACUUGCAAGAGGAUGCAGAAAAUUUUGAAAAACUUUUGGAAUCUGAGUGGAGUCAUCGUGUAUCUCACCAUUCUCUCAACUCUCUCAGUACAAGCAAAUUCAACAAAGUGCAGCUGUUGCCUCUCGCAGAUGAUCUCGAUAAACUACGGAAGUUUGUCCUCGUCAAGAUGUCCUCUGGUGUACAACUUCUGGAAGAACAGCCUCAGCUACAAGCAUGGAGUGAUUUAGCCCAAGCAACUCUUGCAAGGCUGGUCAUAUUUAACAAACGAAGAGCGGGAGAAGCCUCGAAGAUGCUUCUAAACAGUUACCUGAGCAGACCAGACUGGACAAAAGUGAACAACCCUGAAAUAAUGUCGGCACUUAGCAGCUUUGAAAGAGAAUUAUCCAGGAGGCAAGUGAAGAUUCUUAACCAUUAUUUAGAGUGAAGUUGAAUGUCCUAGGCUUUUGCAACUGCAUUGGUGAAAGAUAUAUUUUAAGUAUGGGUAACCAAAUGGCGACGAGUGCGACAAGGAAAUAAACGCGCGUCUUUGUCAAAAUUCCAAUAAUUUUCCAAGCCUUUAGUCGAGGUAAAGAACGUUUCGAUAUCUUCAAGAUGUCACUGUCAAGUUUUAAAAUAGUUAUAGGUCAGUUAAACAAUUAUUUAAAUACGUGUGUAAAAGUACGUUAACAUGCGGAAAUACGCUAGACUGCCUGAUAUAAUGCUGCUGUAUAUCGGGAAACCUUAUUUCUCUCUUGCUUCUCUGUCAGACUCGAUCAGGACGAAAUUGUUUAUCGAAGUAUGCCACUUUAUUAUUUUCGCUUCGCUUUUUGUUUAGAUGGUUGGUUUCACGAACCCCUAUUUGCUCCUUCAUUGAAAAGAAACUCCUCCUUUUCGAAAUGGUAGACUUUCCACAGAUAAAGAGAGUUAUUUUUAUUGUUGUAUUUAGACUAGACAUGGUGGAGAUUCGUGGCAAGCGGGGAAGAAAGGUUCCAGUCAUCUUGACCCCCGAGAUGAUCAACGCUAUUGAUGUUCUAAUCGAGACGAGGAAAGCAGUAGGCAUCGCAGAUGAGAAUCCGUACGUGUUUGCAAGACCAAAUAGACAGUCUUUAGAGCCCAUGCGUGCCUGGGAUUGUCUCAAGAAAUUAAGCACACAGUGUGAACCACCUUUGUCAAACCCUACAAAUAUCACCAGUACAAGGAUGAGGAAGUACAUAGCAACUAUUUCGCAAGUACUUUCUCUGAAAGAAACAGAAGUGGAUUGGCUCAUGAGACAUCUUGGCCAUGACAUUCGAGUGCAUAGGGACUUUUACAGACUCCAUGAGUCUACAAUUGAAAUCGCUAAAGUUAGCAAACUGCUUCUAACGGUAGAUCAAGGGAAAACAGGCAAAUUUGCCGGAAAAACCUUGACAGAAAUCGAUCUGAAUGGUAAGUACAAGUGAUCUUUUCAUGCUAAUUUAAGGCAACUCAAAACAGUAAUAUACCGGAAGACGCCUGGGCUCUAACGUGCAUUUCAGCGCGAGGCAUCACGCGAUCACCCGAGAGGCGUCCUUCAUUCAUUCAUUCAUUCAGGUCGCGAGAUAGCGCGCGAGAUUUAAAGUUAAAAACAUGGCGGCGCGAGGCCUACUUUGUAAAAAUUUGUUUCCGCCAGGUUUGGUAAGCUGUUUACGAUAUCAGUUAUUUUUGCCUCAAAAGGCAAUUUCCAAGGAAAAACAUUCUUUUAAACCACUGUGCUGGAACGUAAACGAAAAUUGUGAUGUUGAUGUUGCGAUCAAUCACGCCGGGUAUCAGUCUAAAAAACUGUAAGGAAAAACUACUCUUCAAGUUGUCUUCGUUCUUUUUACUUUGCGAGUCUCACCUUCAGGUAUUUAUGGUGCUCGUCUUCUACCACUUUAGUUAUGUUGCUAAUGACAACAGCGAAAAAAAAAAAAGAAAGAAACAGUAUUCGCGUGGAAUUGCGAGCUUUACUGAUCAGCAGACCACCUUCACGCAUGCGCAAGGGGCGAUCUUUCGAAGUCGAGAUUAUAAUUUGUACGUAGAGUAUCUCAAAAACUGAUCCCGUGACCCUACUUUUUUAGCGGAAAAAUAUUCAACAGCAAAAGCGGAAUGCAUGAGCGAAAUUUCUGACUCGGAAACGUUUUGUUAGAAAUCGCAGAACCAAGACUUUCCGACACUGAUGAUGAACUUAAUGAUACUGAUGGUGAGGAAGAUGACAAGACUGACGCUUUCGAUGAAGGAACGUCUUCAGGUGCGUAAAUUGCUUCCUGAAUUCACAGAAUAUUGGCAGUGCCGACUUAAUUAAGUUGGCUGACAACAGUUUCCAGCUCUUUCUAUCACUUAUACUUUGAUGGAUCAAUACAACCACUCUUAGUCAUAUCAUCCUCCAAUAAUGGCAUCACACAAAUACCCAGCCAUUGGUUAACAACUUGUGAUCAUCCUUUUUAUAUAACAGGCUACCAUAGCAACAAUAAAACCCGUUAGAAACGCGCUAAAUGUUACCAUUAGGGGAAACCUCCAUUUAAAUUAUCGAAUAAUUAUAAGUAAGAUAAGAGGAAACAUUAUUGUAAACUUAAAAUUCUGCGAGGGAGUGCAAGGCCACCUUAAAUCAAGGUGUCUCUGUUAAUUGAUUGGUUUAUUAACAUUAUAACAGGACGCUCUACCAAGAAGCAAGUAGCGAAAAGUAUGUCCCAGAAAGAUUUCACUAAAGAAGUGGCUAGCAAAUCAUCACGAAAGUCAAACAGUAAGAUACGAAAUCAUUUGUUGAUAUUCUUAAAAACUGGAAAGCAUUUGAGGCGUUCUCUUUCAUGGGAUCAUUGUUGCCAGCAGUGGCAACCAAUUUCUUUAGUACGUAUUUUGUUUGAGGUAAAUACAAGUCCUAGAAAAUCAUAGAUUUUGUGAAGGCAAAUGAGGAAAUUGACUUUCUGAUCAUGUUUUAAAACAAGUUGAAGUGUGCUAUUAGUUUUCAUGUAUUGCUGAGUUCAAACACGGAGCACAGCGUCAAACGGACUACCUUGUAGUACAGAGAUUUAAUCGGGUAAUAAGAAUCAGUCUUGUAGUCUUGGAUUUUGGUCAAUAAAACGUUUUUUUUUUUUGUUAUAGCUGUAUGGAUGUCUAUAUUCUUCGACAUUAAUUUUGACUCAUUUUGUAAUAGAAGCCAAAGGAAGAAGAGCGAAGAAGAUUGUAACUUCAGGUAAAGUGGAUGGGAAUUAUUUUAUUUAUACUAUUGAGCUGAGGUUUGCGAAAAGACCAGAUCAAAGGUUACAUUUUAGUUGCCCAUAAUAAAAGAUGUCGAUAAGAAAAAAAAGUUAGCCUGAGAAAAAAAAAUCGACCACUACUCUCGUAGCCUUCUUCUAUUCCUACUGACGAGUUCAUUUGAAAAAAAGACGAAAACUUGUUAUGUUUUGCUUUUUGACGAUUACGUAUUUUAAUUGCAUCUUUAUUGUCAGAUAAUUAGAAUAAGUUAUCGUCAGAAAAGCAAAACGUAAGAAGUUUUUGUUUUUGUCAAAAUGAACUCGUCAGUAGAAAAAGAAAAAAAGGUACGAGGGUAGUGGUUCUCAAACUUAAUUAAUAUUUUCUCAAAGCAAACUUGAAAGAACCGAUACGCAGGUGAACUCGAUGGGCUAUUUUUCUAUCCGCCCCAACCCGCUCACGUUUUGCAUUGACAACCGUCCAGUUUGCGCGGUCAUUGAAUAAACAUAUGGGAAUACAGAGAUUGGUGAAUUGUCUUAUUUUCCUGGUUCUUGACAAAGUUUCGGCAACGAAGCUCAUGUUAAGCAGUGCGACUAAAGGUUGUCACUAAGCUGGCGAGUGGAGGAACGAUAGUCAGCAUUAGUUCUCCCAUAAAAUUAAAAUGUGUUCGAUAUAUUCAGCCUCUGGUGUGCAAAAAAAAAAAAAUUCUCCAUAGACUCCUUAUUCCUUUUAUUGACUUGUUUUAGGUAUCAAAAUACGACAUUCUUUGCAAUCUGUCGAGACAAGGGGCAAGUUUCCAAGCUGCUGGUGGUUAGCGACUCUAGUGUUCGAUGCGUAGUCAUAUUGUUUCUUAUUGCUUUCUUUUAGAUAUUGCGUAUCUGGAAUUUUCAGACACGGAUGGGGAGCUUGAUGAUUGUGAUGAGGACAACCGUGUUGUCGAAGGUGAUGAGAAAAAUAUCCUCGUGAUGGAACAAAACUAUGUAAAAUUUAACUACAUGGUGUCGCAAUUCCUUUUCUUGCCCCUUUUCUAGAAAGAAAAUCCGUUUUUUUUUAUGGGUUUCAGAAUCCCAGUGAAUAUGAGAUAAUAAGAGUGGAUUUCCUCCCGUAAACUCUGCAAGAGAAAAUGCUUCCCUAGAAAAUCAGGUGUAUAAAUUCAACUCUGUGUAUACUUCAUGGAUUGAAAACUUAAUGCACUAUCACUCUUGAGUAUGUAUUAAAGAUUGGGAGGUUGUAGAAGUCUCCCUUCCCCCACCUCUGUGUAUGUGUUUGGGAAGGCCCCGCCCGAAGUUGGUCUGAACGACACUCAUUGUAGGUUAAGCAGGGACGGACGUUCGUAAUCAUAAAGUGGGGAUAAGAGUGAGUUGGUUCACUAUUCCCCCCGGAGUACACUUCUAUCUUUGUGAAGUGCUUUUCAAAAUCUCGAUUUUUUUUAUUUUUAUAUUUCCUAUCAACAUAGAACACAAGACGAUAAGGGGUGGUCGCUCUCAGAAACAUAAAGAUCAAAAUAAGGAGAAUUCAAACUGUGCUAUUUCAAAGACAAAGAGUAAGUUGGUCAAAUUUCCUUUCGUUAUAAAAACGGCGCGUAGGAUAUUUUGUCAUGUGGAAAUGAGUCGAUUUUAGUAAAAAAAAUGUAGUCGCCUGUUGUAAAGUAAGUCAAAAGCGCUGUGAAUAUCUACCUCUGUAUUGUAUUUGUCCCCCUUCCCUGUGUCUAGAUUCUCUGACGUAUUGUGUAUUUACUUAUAGUUGUCAAAGAACCUACAAAGACGGCAAAAAUUUGUGGGAAAGAUCCAGCUAAGAAGAAUGCCAAAAAAGCUGUGCUCAAGUCAGGGAGUAAGUUUGGAAUAUUUUUUCACUAUAUCUCAAAUAUAUGCAGAAGUCUGACCGAACAAGGUAGCAUUUUUCUCUGAUCUGACAAGCUAAAGCAGUUUUUAACCUAUCACGCCAGAGACUCUCUGGCGUUCACAGUAUUGUCAAUACAUCAAAAGUGAUGCGUGUGUGUUACCUUGGUUGAUUCGACUUUCGCGUUGAUUUAUAAUUUGCGAGCUGUAAAUCUAUUACGCUCUCAAUAAAUCCGGUUGCGAACUUUUUCGGAAGGAGUUUUUCAUGUGGCGUUGUUUUAGUAACGGUUUUGAGAGACGCUCUUCCCGUAUACUGUAGGAAUUUUAGGCAUUACAUAUCCUUGGGAACCUUUAUUGUCUUCCAGCAUAGAAACGGUGCUUUUAUCACUAAGGUAAGCGUUUUCGAUUUGCAGAGUCGACUGCCCAUACUCCGUGGACAGAAGAGGAAAAAGAAGCUGUUUUCAAGUAUCUCGCUCCCUGGAUUAGACGAGGACGUGUUCCUGGCAAACGUGACUGUGAGAAUUGUAUUGCCAAAGCAAAUGGCGCCUUAGAUCGUAGGGAAUGGACAGCCGUAAAAUAUUAUAUUAAGAACCAGAAUGACAAAAGAAAGAGGGUUCUCACAACUAUAAAUAACAGUUUGUAGUUUGGUAUUGUCAUCCUGGCACGGUUCUAGUUACUUCAAAUGAGAUUAGCACAGUGAAAGAAAUAAUAAUGUUGUAAAAUGAUCGUAAGAUUAUUAAGCUUUUUCUUUAGUGUUAGACUACUUACGCUGACAAUUGGAUUGCAUAUAGUUGGUGCUCAUAAGCUUUUGAGAACAAUAGGUGUCUCCUUGUGUGGGAAAUCUGUAAUGAUACCAAAUUGGAGUAUCGAAGAAACUAA